UUGACAAGUCCAGAGGAAGUAUGAUCUAAGCUUAUCCGUGCAGUCUGUAGUUUAGCCUUUUCUUAAAAACCCUCUGGGUCACAUGAUGUAAGCGGAAACCAGACGUAAGCUGCCUGAGUUUAAGAAGGAAUCUGUUUUCUGCGAGCGGAUUUGGAGAAAACAAACAAACAAACAAUACAGCGGACUGGAUGAGGCAUGUUAAAGCUGAAGCAACAGUUUGACCUGCAGAAAGAUGUGGUGUUUGAUCUCCUCAGGAAAGAGGCUUCAGUCUGCAGGGUGAAAGAAUACUCAGAGGAUGUGGACCCUCGAAUCCUUAACACUGAACGAGAUGGGAGUAUGCUUUAUUCUUGGAAGGGAGCAACAGGCACCACCAGGAUUGGGAAAUAUGACCCCAACACUAAACAAAACAAGCUCCUCUAUACUUUCGACAAACAGGUGUGUGUCAGCAGCUGCUCUUUGAACAAGGAGGAGACAUUAUUAGCUGUCAGCUUGGCACAGAACACCAGGGGACAGGAGCGACUCAAACCAAUAUCAAAGUGUCUGACUCUGCUGAUUGAGAUCCAUCCCAUAAACAACACCAAAGUGCUCAAAGCAGUGGACUGCAGAGUUAAAGUACAGUUCCUCCAUCAAGAAACUGAUUGGAAAUCGGGGCUGGAGAGCCAUCUGCUUCUGUUCGCUGAAGACGGAUAUGUGGAUCUAUACCAUGUACUUCUAAGCAAACAUGAAGGCUACAGAGUGGUGAUCUCAAAUCCCGAGCGCUUGUCCAGAGCGGCGGAAAAGAUUGUAGAGGAUUUCUGUUGGGUCCAGUGGGACGGACACACACAAAGGCUUUACUAUCUCACUCGCAAGGACAAGUUCCUGCUGAGAUGCAUUCAGUUCCACCCAAGCCAUAGCUGUGAUACUGUGUUGGAGCUUGUUUUAGAGUUGCCUGCUAAUGCUUUUUGCACAGUAAGAUUUGUAAGUCUGGGGUUUGACCACUAUCAUGUGGAAAAACCUGAGCAGGAGCUUGUUAGGAUGCAGGUCUUCACAAACCAAAUCGGAAGCAUGUGUGUUUGCUACAGUCAGCCACUAAAAGAAAAACAGGAACUGACCUACACAGUGGUUUUAGUUCACAAAGGUUGCAGCAAGAGGUUCAGAGUGUCUCCUGGAAACGACAAACCGUCACAGAUUUCACACCAGCUCCAUCCGCUCUUCAUCCCCAUAGGUUACUACAUCCUGGUGUAUCUGCAGGGUUAUUUCCUCCACUGCAUCAACACCAGGCAGCAUGAGAUGCUCUGUCAUUCUCUUUUUCUAACUGGUCAGGAUGAUAACUUAGGCCUUCCAUAUCAGUCAGAUGCUCUCACAGUGAUGCACAAAGAAAAUGAAACAAGCGUUCAUCUUUUGGAGCUGGCAAGUGGGUCAAUUCACACAGCUGAGCUUAGCCCUGCUUACCUGCUGCAGAUACUGAGAUCAGACACACGUCCUGGGUGUCCCCGCAGCUGGACCGACCCUCAUCGCCUGGCUGCCCUCCACUGCCUCCUUGUUUUCAUGGGAGAUGACCCGAAGCUGGAAAUAAAGAUUAUCGAAUGGCUGUGUGACAACAUGAACUCCUUUGAUUCCUUCAAUCAGAUCCAAGAGUUCAUUUUAGCAUCUUUGUCCAGAAUGGGAUAUGAGAAGUCUCUUGGCCUUGAUAAGGUCCUGCCCUUUUCAUCAAUAUUUGAAAAAAAGGAAGUCCCAGCGUGCUUAUUGGAGCUUCCUGGUGUCUUUUGUACCACUGAGCUGCAUAUUGAGGCUGAUUUUAACGGAAAGGCUGGACGGCUCCAGGGUUUCUGGUCAGAGCUGCAGUGGAACACAGAGAGGACAAAAUAUCUGAAUGCCGAUCCAAACGCAAGAUACAGAACCUCAUGCAUUCAGGCCGACUGGGAUAAACUGAGGUCCGAGAGCAGAGCCUCCAACCAUGUGAAUCACUUGGAGGAGAACACAAAGAAGGUUCUUUCGAUGGUCGACACCUGGUGUCUUGAUAAAAAGUUGGUGCCACUUUUUCAAGAAGAGGAUCAUCAACAAAGGGCAUUCAUCGGCCUGACAGUCGACAAGCUUAGAGAACAUCUCAAUAGACAUCUGCCUCAACUGGGGAAGAAGAAGAUUGACUCUUUGGUGGUCAGCUAUGUAGCCAAACUGCUGGAGCUCAUCAGGCACAUGCUGGAGUCAGCCUGGCUGAAGAACAAACUCGGCCCUCAUGUUUUGUGCUUGAAGCAGAAGGGCGGCUCGGCUGAAUGGGCCGUGUUUCACUUCAUGCUUCGGAUAUUGGAAUCCACCCGGAGUCUCUGCCUGCCCCUCCCACCUGGCUAUCACACCCUGUUUGCUGUGUUUGCUGUUCGUUGCCUCCCUCAUCAAACCUUUCUACAGUACAUUGACCACGGUUUCCUGCAGCUCACCGAAACAUUCGUGUCUCGUCUUAUGACAGAUUUGGACAACAGUGAAGCCAAUGAGCGACUGAAGUUCAGCAUCCUUAAGAGACUACCAGAGCCUAUGGAGCAGAGGAUAUACCAUAUGUGGGAUCAUCCUGUCAGCUCAGCCUCAAUCUCAAGAGAUUAUGUCAAGAUGCUGCUGGAGAAACACAACAAGAAUAAGGGAUUUGCAUUCACUUGGAGAGACAAACCUGGCUUCAAACCAGAGUUUCUGCCUCUAACCUAUCUGGCUAAAAUGCUCUCAGAUAUCGAGUCACAAGCUCUGAACCCUUUCGAGGAGAAUGAAAAUGUGGACGCCAGGUUUGUGGAGGACUCUGCUCUGAUGCAGACGCUGAUCCAGCUGGGCUUCCAGGAAAAAUGAAGCUGCUGGAAGGGCGAUGAAGGACGAGAGGCGGGUGGAGAGAGAGAAAAAUAGAUGAAGAGAAAAAUCAGUUUAAGGGAGAGUAAAUGUCUAACUGGGCCUUGAAGGCAUGAAAUGGAUUGAUGUUGGAAAAUGAGAGUCGAGUGGGGAAGUCGUAAACAGGUUCUCAUGGUUUGAUGAAAAAUUAUUAUGGGAAAAGGGAUUUUAGGAAGAAUCGUUGUGCUUUUCAGGAAAAAAAAAAUUUGAAACUAGCAAAUGAAGAUGCAUCUCAAUAAUUUAGAAUAUCACUGCAAACAUAAUUUAUUUCAGUAAUUCCCUUUAAAAAGUAAAACUCAUUAUAUAGAUUGAUUACACAUACACACUGACAUUUCAACCAUUUAUUUCAAUUAAUUUUAAUGAGUAUGGCUCACAGUGUGUGAAAUACGGGUUCUGUUUUUUUUUUUAUAAAGUGAGCUUUAUAAAAUCUGCAGGCUAAAAUUUUCCUCCAACACCAAACACCUGGCCUACAGGAUCACUGGAAAGACUGUUUUCUGGACAAAGGUCAUGUUAGCAGUCACUGACAUGUCCACAAGAAGGGUAUUCCAAAAAGAAGCUCGUUGUCUUCAAGCAUAUUAAUGGAAAAUUAAGUGGAAGGAAAAAAAUACAGAAAAAAAUGUGCAAAGGGGACUUUAAUACCCUUUUUUUGAAGGCAGUUUUAAAACAAAUUAGCCAUUUUAUUAAUAAAAGAUGGUUUAUAAUGUCCACAGUCAAGUGUUAUAUACUCUAGAGGACAUCAAACUCCAACUGCUGACAUAAUUAAGAAUAACAGAAAUCAAUUGAGCUUUAUUGUACCGUAUUUUCCGGAUUAUAAGUCACAGUUUUUUUCAUAGUUUGGACUGGGGUGCGACUUAUACUCUUGAGGGAGUUAUUCGUGAAAUUAUUAAAACAUUAUUAUAUAAUUUAACAUUAUUUUCACACCAAAACGCAAGAGGGCGCUCUAGGCAUGUUUUGAUAAUUUCAACAUUGCCGUUAACUUAUGAAAACAACUGAGAAAGGCUUAACAAAAAUGGCACUUAAAAGAAAAUCCUAUCCUGCAAAUUACAAGCUGCAAGUAGAAAAAUAUGCGGCCAAAAACGGUAAUCGAGCCGCAAAAAGAAAAUUUGGAGUUGGUGGAGUUGUUUAAAAGGGACACAGACGAUAAAGUUAGCUUACUGUACAAUUAUUAAGCCGGUUGUUGCCUCUAUUCUAUUUUUAUUUUAAAUUCCCUUUCAAAAUGACAUGUCUGUUCUGGGUGUUGGAUUUAAUCAAAUAAAUUUCCCCCUAAAAUGCGACCUAUGCAUUUUGAUUGUUGCGACAUGUAAUCCGGAGCGAUUUAUAAUCCAGAAAAUACGGUAGAUGAAUCUAUAUAAAAUGUGAGUUUUUUGUUUUAUUAGAAUUGAUUAGAAUGUGAUAAUUUAAAUUAAAACAAUUUCAAUCAAAUCCACAAUAUUGUUUUUUUAACUUUAAUUGUAUUCUCCUUCAUUGAGAUUCACUUGUACAGUUAGGUAUAUGAAACAUAACUUUAAAAGGGAAGAAAAAGAACCUUAAAAGUCAAAAAUCUUAGACAGAUUUUCAUAUGAAGUUGGUACAUCUAGCUGCUACAUUUCCUCUUCAAACUGUCCAGCAAUUUAUGAAUGGGACAGUUGGAAAUAUUGCUUAGAGUAUUUAUAAAUCAAGCAUGCUUUUUGCCCCCACCUCCUGUUUUUCCUGUAAUGCUCCUGCAGCCCAUCAGCUUGAUUACCUGCCGAAAAAGGCUUUACAGACAGACAGGCCCGAUACGGUCUGCUGUGCAUUAAAUCUUGAUUUCGACACCGAUUUGUACAGGAGUCUUGCAGGCAGAAUGUGUAAACAUGAAAAGCAGAGAUUCAGAGUUGCACAAGGUAACUGUGCCUAAAUUAGAGCAGGGUUAAUUGUGAGCCAGCAGCAUCUGGUUCAUGUAAUGAACUCAGUCAUGAGGGAGCUGUAACUGUAAAUGCUUGUUUUGUUGUAUUUUUGGGUAGUGUGUUUCCAAUCUUGUUUAAGCACUUGAGCUUUGAUUACUCGCCAGUUUCUUGAAAUAAGGGAUUUCCUAAUCAGGGUUUUAUUUUAAGACUUUUUAAGCUUAGUAAACUAAAGUGUAAAUUAGACAUUUAAAAGAUAUCUUUUUUUCUCCAGAGAAAAAGAUAAUAUUUCUUUGGUUCCUGUUGAUUGUUUUUUUUUUUUUUUUGAGAAUUGUGAAACAAAAGAAAAAAUAUUUUAUAGUGAUAAUGUUUUAUAUACAGCUACC